AUGGCCCCGCGUAGUGAGCUCACCCCAGCGUUACGUGAGCGUAUUUGUGAGCUUCAUAGUGCUGCUGGAUGGGGCUACAAGCGAAUUCAGAAGCGAUAUCCUUUCGUUUCUCUCUCUGGAAUUCGUUACACCAUCAAACAAGAUCGUGAGAGAAUCGGUGGUGUCACAAAGCCCCGUACUGGACGUCCUAAGAAGCUAGACGAAGCUGAUCGUGAGAAACUGCUUCAUGCUAUCGCCGAGAACCCGAAAAUCACUCGUGAGGAUAUGCUUGCUGAGGUAUCGCAUAAAGUUAAAUACGACUCGAUUCGACGCCUUCUAAAUGCUAAGAAUAUGCGGAAUAUCGCCACUUUACGCCUAAGGAUUGGGGCCGUGUCUAUUGGUCUGAUGAGUGCUUUGUUGAACGUGGUAUUAGUGUUAAACGGGGGUGGACUCUUAUACGCCCUUGAGAUCAGCCUCGAGAGAAGCAAUGUCAAAGCUUACCCUGUAAAGCAGAUGUUUUGGGGGGCUUUUUGUGGCGAUUUCCGGCGAACUAGCUUGAUUCCGCUAUUUGGUGACUCUUAA